UCAACGUUAUAUAUGUGUACAUUGAAUCUGCAGGCUCGAGUUGGAGAAGUAAAUAUCAAUAAUAUAGUAACCCUAUUUGAUAUUUACCUUUUAUCUCUUUCUUUCUUUUUUUUUUUUUUUUGGAAGAAAUUAAAUUUCUGUUUUUGUGCUUACAGUCACCAUGUUUUGUUGUAUAUGUUCAUAUCAUUGACAAAUUAUGGAUCUUGAAUAAGGUGUGGAAAGCAAUGUGAAAUAAGUUAUAGUUCGAACCAACUGUUUCAAUCAUACUUAAAACAAUAAUAUAAUGAAAAAGAAAUCUAUAAAACUGUAACGGCCCAAGGAAAACUAAUAUGUUGGUUCCAUGGUAGAGCAAUAUGAAACCUUAAAAGGCAAUGUCCCACUCAUAUGUAUAUGAAUACAAGCAAACCAAGUUGCAAGUAAGGCUAAAGAUAACCUUAAAUCAUCAAAAGCAAUUUAAUUUGCUUUUCCAUUUUGCAAUAAGAAUCUAUAAGUAGAUCCCCCCAACUGCAAUCCUAUCAACAUUCACUCUUCUCUUUCAACACUAGCACCAGCAGGAAAAUGGCUCUUCCAGUGAGUACUCGACUAGUAGUUUUAGCAAUCAUCUUUGUAUUUGUCACAUCAUCUUCAUUUGCAACUGCGGCUAUUUACAAUGUGUCGAGUUAUGGAGCCAAACCUGAUGGCACAACUGACUCAACUGAGGCCUUUAUUGCUGCUUGGAAACAAGCCUGUAGCUCCUUAGAACCCACCACCAUAUAUGUCCCUCUGGGAAGGUUCUUGCUACGUAAUGUGGCUUUCCGAGGAAAAUGCAGGAACAAUGCUAUUCAGAUACGUAUAGACGGCAUGCUUGUGGCUCCAUCAGAUUACCGGGUCAUUGGACAUUCUGAAAACUGGCUUUUGUUUGAGAAUGUUGAUGGGGUUUCAUUUUUUGGUGGAGUGCUUGAUGCACAAGGAACUGGAUUGUGGAAUUGUAAGGCCACUGCCAAGAACUGCCCUAGUGGAGCCACGUCCUUGCGGUUUACCAAUGCGAACAACAUUGAGAUCAAGGGAUUAAGUUCACUGAAUAGCCAGUUGUUUCAUAUUGUCCUCCAUGGUUGCCAGAAUGUGAAAAUGGAAGGGGUGAAAGUAUCCGCCCCUGGCCAAAGCCCAAACACUGACGGCAUUCACGUGCAAUUGUCAAGUGCUAUUACAAUCCUGAACUCGAUUAUUGGAACUGGUGAUGACUGUGUAUCAGUUGGUCCUGGCACCAGUCAUCUGUGGAUUGAAAAUAUUGCAUGUGGACCUGGCCAUGGGAUAAGCAUUGGAAGUCUAGGGAAGGAAUUUCAUGAGCCUGGUGUGCAAAAUGUGACAGUUAAAACAGUGACAUUUACGGGUACCGAAAAUGGGGUUAGAAUAAAAGCUUGGGCAAGACCUAGCACUGGUUUUGCUAGGAACAUUUCUUUUCAAAAUGCUAUAAUGAAGAAUGUCCACAAUCCUAUUGUCAUUGAUCAAAACUACUGCCCUCACAAAAGAAAUUGCCCUCAUCAGGGAUCGGGCAUUAAAAUUAGUAACGUGUGUUACCAAAACAUUUAUGGAACAUCAGCAACAGAAGUAGCAAUGAGAUUUGAUUGCAGUAAAAAGAAUCCAUGCACUGGGAUUAGACUGCAGAACGUAGUUCUCACUUACAAAAAUCAACCAGCUGAUGCAUCAUGCACCAAUGCUGAUGGGACAGCUUCCGGUUUGGUUAAUCCAGCAAGCUGCCUUACCGUAUAGGAAAGGAAUUAUCUAUUUAUUGUUCUGUAAUUAACACGAGUUGUGCUACAAUUUUAGCAAUUGGAUUAGAUUCAUUUUUGGCUUGCUUUUCUUCAUGAAUCUUAGAGAUUAAGUAACACAACUUUCUAUAAUUAAUGGUUGUUUCCAUGUGAGGAAAUAAUUAAUAAUAAUGGUUGCAUGUGGAAUAGAUAAAAAUAUCAAUUAAUUAGAAAAAUAUGAGAUAAUUUUCUUAUUUUUCUUAAAUCAUCCGGCGGCCUUAAGAUACUUAAUCACACUAAAAAAAUAAUUUUUGAGAGUUUCAUACAAUAAAUUACUAAUUAAAAUAAAAUAAAUAAUAUUAUAAAUAGAAUUUCUUAAAAAAUAAAAAUAAGGAAAAAAAAAGCUGGAUAGUUUUAAUAAAUUCAAUUUCUUAUUCUAUAAUUCGACUUAUUUCUUUGUUGUUUUUCUUAUGAACGGAUAUAUAUUAUACCUAAUAACCACAAUAUUAAAAGCAAAUCUCGACAUUUGGUAUGUUCUUUUUUUACUUUCUUGGUGCAAAUAGACGUACGCACAUAAUUAUGUCGAAAUGUGAACUUGGAUUUAUUAGUAAUGACAAAUAAAUUAAGUAUAUGAUUACGUAAAACACAUGCUAUAAUCAACUUCCACGACAGGGUUUUCUAAUUCUUUAUAGCAUAAGAAUCAUGUUAACCUAAAAUAAACAUUAAUUUACAGAUAUUAGCGUAAAAAAUUGACAAA